AGAUGGUGAAGAUGCAGGCGGUGCAGUCGGCGCUGGCCAUCCGGCGGCAGCGGUCCCGGCGGGAGGAGCGGCGCCUGGCGAAGGAGCGGCGCGAGAGCCAGGGCUCGCUGUCCACGCCGCGCCCCUCGCUGGUCAGCCUGGACGGCCGCGUCUACUUCAACGAGGAGAAGGAGAACAAGCGGCUGUUCGGGCAGGUGACCAUGUUCCACGUGGGCCUCGUGUUCAUCGUGAUCGGCCUCAUGCUCACCAUCACGUCGCUGGUGCCCGGCUACGUCAAGAGCACGACGCCCGAGCGCCGCAGCGACCUGCUGGGCACCGGCUGCUUCUGCGUGUUCCUGGGCGGCCUGCUCACCACCAUCAGCCGCUUCGUGUCCAACAACGAGGAGAAGGAGCUCAACCAGUACAUCCAGGGGCGGCUGGGGCGCUCCAAGUCGGGCCACCGCCUGGUGCGCGACGCCGAGAGCGGCCUGCCCACGCCCACGCGGGAGCGCCGCUCCAAGCCGCAGCAGAACGGCGUCACGCCGCCCGCCUCGCUCGAGACGGCCGGCAAGAGCGGGCUCAAGCCGCGGGCGGAGGCCGAGCGCAAGCAGGAGAGCCCGACGGCGGCCAUGGCGCAGGAGCCCGGCGGCAGCUCGUCCCCCGUCAGCGACGUCAGCGGCAUGAUGUCGUCGGCGUCGCUGGAGCCCGUCCUCUCGCGCAUCCUGGAGGAGGACGAGGAGCUGGAGCCCGACGCCGCCACGGAGCCGCUCGACUCCACGCCCGAGUCGUCCCUCACACCUACCUCGCCGCUGGAGACGCAGGGCCUCCUGGACCGACACCACUCCACGCCCAGGAAGGGCUCCAAGUCCUCCUCCAAGAGCUCGAGUAAGAGCUCAAGACACUCGGGCGUGUAGGCCGAGCGCGCGGCCGCCCCUCGCCCUCGCGCUGCCGCGGCGCCCCCGACCAAGUCCGCGCCGCGCGCAGCCUCCCUCCAGGUGUUCACCCCCCCCCCCUAGAAGAGAGAAAAGAAACUACAAAAAAGCUAUUUCGCGUCGCCGUUGACCGGCGGCGCCCUUUCCGACGCCUCCCCGGAUCAGAAUCCUCCUCCAAGGGCGUCGAGGAAGUCUCCGUGUAACCUCCGCAACUUUCAUCCCAGAAUCUGAUCGAAGAGAUUGAUUUACUUCAAUUUUUUUUAAAUCGAGUAUGAGUAAGCAUGUGAGAAAACACGAUAUAAGUUUCUACUCGGAGUGAAGAUUAUAUUUUUAUGUAACAUUUUCGUACAACUUUUCCAACUCUAUUUUGGUAAUUUGGACCAAACUUUGAUUUCCUAGAGUUAUUAAAGAACAAAACCCUCACACUCUCCACAACUCCCAACAACUUGAGUUCAACACUUAGAAGAAAAAAAAAAAAACAUGAAAUGUACAUAGCCCUAUAUAUAAACCCCAUAAUUACAUAAUUAAUGAUGCAUAUUGCUCCUGGUAUUACGUACUCAGCCAAUACUAGAGGAAAACAUCUUUCAAACUCAGCUAAGACUAAUUAAGGUCUCUAUUAACUAGCGCGAAUUUCCAUUAUAUUAUUCGAGUCUUCGUUAAAGAUAAAUAAAUCUCUAUAUAUAUAUUUUUCAAACAGGCAGAAUAUAGCUUAUAAUGAAGACAUGUUUUUUAUUUUUUUUUUUUUUUAAUCCUGCUUAGCGCUUGUAAUAAAAUAUUUGUGUUCGUAGUCAGUGAGCAGGGGUUGGGACGCAGCUCGUGAAAAACGCUCUAGUGAUGUCAAUAAUUCGCUUUAAAAGGAAUAAUCAUAAUUAGAACCAAAAUUGAAGUGCGCGACGUCGUGUCAAGGAAUAGGUUCCGGUAAGAUUGUAAAAAA